CACGCGGAAGAUACGACCCCUCUCCUUCGACCCUUCGUUAGCGUGGUACCCAGAACAUUUUGACUGGAUCUCAACUCGACGUGUCCUUUCUUGCAAAAGCAGCAAGCACCGAAAUUUCUCCAUUUUUUCUGUAGAUAAACCUUUUUUAAGCCUUCUUCUUACUUCACAGAGAAAGAAAAAGAAAUAUUCCCUCCUUCUAGUACAAAAACCUCAAGGAAAAAAAAAAACACUCCACCAAUCUCACCCACCGCGAAACAGCAAGCAAAUUACAGCAUUUGGAAGGCACACCGACCCUCUUCCAAGAAAUCUCAACGUCAUCGCCGCCGUCGCCGCGACGAUCAGAAGAAGAAGAAUAAGUCUCUACUGCCGAAGUAGAAGACUAAGGAGAAGACAAGAGGAGGAGGAGGAGGAGGAGGAGGAAGAGGCGAGAAAGAUCGAAGGCGAUCUCGACGUCAGGCUCUCCUCCUACGCCAAGCUCGGCGCCCGAUUCACUCACUUCUCCGGUUAUGCAAACAAUAGUUCACCUGUUGCAUCUAGCAGAUCAUGGAAGUCUGUGGAAUUGGAAAUCCAGUCUUUACUAGAGAAGCUACUGGAUGUUAAUGAUGCAAUGAGUCGAUGUGCUGCAUCAGCAGCACCUACAACUUCUGUAACCCAAAAACUUGCAAGGCACAGAGACAUACUUCAUGAAUUCACACAGGAAUUUAGAAGAACAAAGGGAAACUUAAAUUCCAUGAUGGAGCAUGCUGAGCUUCUCAACUCUGUCAAAAAUGAUAUUAGUGAAUCAAAGGCAUCUGGCAGCAUGUCACCCACGGUACAUCUGUUGAGGGAGAGAGCUUCAAUUCAUGGAAGCAUAAAUCAGAUUGAUGAGGUGAUUGGUCAAGCACAAGCCACAAGAUCAGUUCUGGGCACACAGAGGGCUUUGUUUGGGGAUGUUCAGGGAAAAGUCAAGCAGCUGGGUGAAAAAUUUCCUAUAAUUCGAGGACUUCUUGGGGCCAUUAGAAGGAAGCGCUCCAAGGACACACUUAUUCUCUCUGCGGUCAUAGCAGCUUGCACUUUGUUCCUAAUUAUUUAUUGGCUUUCAAAAUGAUGAAUGUUCUGAAAGGGAGAAGAGCAAGUGAGAGGCUGCACCAGGUUUCACGGUAUUCCAAUGUGCAUGAAAUAAAAGAGCCAGCAGUCAGGUACAGCUAUAUCAAUCAAGACGGCAGAUAUUGGAUCGCAUGCAUGGAGAAUAUUAGUUCCAUGCAAAUUUGUCAGAAAUGGGGGUGACAAUUAUGCUUUUGCUUUUGCUUUUUCUUUUUUUCAGUAUUCUUUUCGGUUCACUUUUAUGUACAGUUUUAAGUGGAUUUUUUGCAUCAUGAAUAUCUUAAUUGACUUUGCAUUACAAAAUUUUGUGUUUUGGUCCAGAAAUCACCAUGAUCUAUGGAGUAGGAGGUGGAACAACUUUCACAAUAUGGAAUAGAGCUCGCAUCUGUAGUGUCAUUGGAAUUAAAUGAAAAAUAGAGAUAGCACGGAGAACAAAGGAGUUAUAAAUUAUGUUUAAUUCUUUUGUUCUUGUGCAAUUUGAAUAUUUGAUAGAGUGCAGUGCUCAUGUCCUUCACAUCAGCUGGAAACAGAAGUGAUUUAGUAAUGUUUCUAAGAAUCACAACACGGUGAAAAUGGUUAAUAUCCAUACGGAUCUGUUUCCAUAUUCUAACAUAGUUUGAUGUGGAUACAAGUUCUACAAUCCAAUUAAUAUUGUAUUAAUAUUUGUGUCCA